GGCCCCUGUGCCCUUGACCAGCCGGGAUGGUUUGGCGAAGCAUUUAAAAGAACUGCCAAAGUGGCCCAGAAACAGCAGUAAAGCAUUGCCGUAUACUUUUAUUUGGUAGUUUCUAGAGGUUUUUUUACCCCCUUCCUUCGUCCUGAACUCCUCUUGCUUCUGAUAAUGGCCUUGGACUUGGACGACUUAUCGAUUUCCCCCUGGAAGAUGCUGUAUCAUUUGGUUGGGGGGAGGCCUGCGUGGUAAUGGACCGUGGGAGAGGCCAGGCCUUCUGGAGGUGAGCCGAUGGAGAUUUACUCCCCAGACAUGUCCGAGGGAGCCGCCGAGCGGUCCUCCAGCCCCUCCACUCAGCUGAGUGCAGACCCAUCUCUUGACGGGCUUCCGGCAGCAGAAGACAUGCCAGAGCCCCAGGCUGAAGAUGGGCGAAGCCCCGGACUCGCGGGCCUGGCAGUUCCCUGCUGUGUCUGCCUGGAGGCCGAGCGCCUGAGAGGCUGCCUCAACUCCGAGAAAAUCUGCAUAGUCCCCAUUCUGGCGUGCCUGAUCAGCCUCUGCCUCUGCAUCGCCGGCCUCAAGUGGGUGUUUGUGGACAAGAUAUUUGAGUACGACUCUCCGACUCACCUUGACCCUGGGGGGUUAGGCCAGGACCCUGUUAUGUCUCGGGAUCCCACAGCUGCCCCAGCUGUGCGGGUGUCCUCUGAGGCGUACACUUCGCUUGUCUCUGGGGCCCAGUCUGAAACUGAGGUGCAAGUUACAAUGCAAGUUGGCAGUGUCGUCGUGUCCUCUGCGCCUUCCGCGGCGCCAACCCCGAAGAAUCGUAUUUUUGCGUUUUCUUUCCUGCCUCCCUCUGCACCAGCUUUCCCUUCACCCUCUCGGAACCCUGAGGUGAGAACACCCAAGUUCGCAACUCCACCGCAAACAACAGAAACUAACCUCCAAACUGCUCCUAAACUUUCUACAUCAACAUCUACAACUGGAACAAGCCAUCUUGUAAAGUGUGCGGAGAAGGAGAAAACUUUCUGUGUGAAUGGAGGCGAGUGCUUCAUGGUGAAAGACCUUUCAAACCCCUCAAGAUACUUGUGCAAGUGCCCCAAUGAGUUUACUGGUGAUCGCUGCCAAAACUACGUAAUGGCCAGCUUCUACAAGCAUCUUGGGAUUGAAUUUAUGGAAGCAGAGGAGCUGUACCAGAAGAGGGUGCUGACCAUCACCGGCAUCUGCAUCGCCCUGCUCGUGGUCGGCAUCAUGUGUGUGGUGGCCUACUGCAAAACCAAGAAACAACGGAAAAAGCUUCAUGACCGGCUUCGGCAGAGUCUUCGGUCUGAACGGAACAACAUGGUGAACGUAGCGAAUGGGCCUCACCACCCGAACCCGCCCCCUGAGAACGUUCAGCUGGUGAAUCAAUACGUAUCUAAAAAUGUCAUCUCCAGUGAGCAUAUUGUUGAGAGAGAAGCAGAGACAUCUUUUUCUACCAGUCACUAUACCUCGACUGCUCACCAUUCCACUACUGUCACCCAGACUCCAAACCACAGCUGGAGCAAUGGACACACUGAAAGCAUCCUUUCCGAAAGCCACUCCGUAAUCAUGAUAUCAUCGGUAGAAAACAGUAGGCACAGCAGCCCCGCUGGGGGCCCAAGAGGACGUCUCAGUGGCAUGGGAGGCCCUCGAGAAUGUAACAGCUUCCUCAGGCAUGCCAGAGAAACCCCCGACUCCUACCGAGACUCUCCUCACAGCGAAAGGUAUGUGUCAGCCAUGGCCACCCCGGCUCGUAUGUCACCUGUAGAUUUCCACACGCCAAGCUCCCCCAAAUCGCCCCCUUCGGAAAUGUCUCCGCCUGUGUCCAGCACGACGGUGUCCAUGCCCUCUAUGGCUGUCAGCCCCUUCGUGGAAGAAGAGAGACCUCUGCUUCUCGUGACACCGCCGAGGCUGCGGGAGAAGUAUGACCACCACGCUCAGCAAUUCAGCUCUUUCCAGCACAACCCCGCGCUUGAGAGCAGCAGCCUGCCCCCUAGCCCUCUGAGGAUAGUGCAGGAGGAGGAGUACGAAACGACCCAGGAAUACGAGCCAGCUCAAGAGCCUGUUAAGAAACUCGCCAGUAGCCGGCGGGCCAAAAGAACCAAGCCCAAUGGCCAUGUUGCCAACAGGUUGGAAAUGGACAACACCACAAGCCCUGCGAGCAGUAACUCAGAGAGUGAAACAGAAGAUGAACGCGUAGGUGAAGAUACACCCUUCCUGGGCAUACAGAACCCCCUGGCGGCCAGUCUUGAGGCAGCCCCUGCCUUCCGCCUGGCUGACAGCAGGACUAACCCAGCAGGCCGCUUCUCUACACAGGAAGAAUUGCAGGCCAGGCUGUCUAGUGUAAUCGCUAACCAAGACCCUAUCGCUGUAUAAAACCUAAAUAAACACAUAGAUACACCUGUAAAACUUUAUUUUAUAUAAUAAAGUAUUCCACCUUAAAUUAAACAAUUUAUUUUAUUUUAGCAGUUCUGCAAAUAGAAAACAGGAGAAAAAAAAACUUUUAUAAAUUAAAUAUAUGUAUGUAAAAAUGUGUUAUGUGCCAUAUGUAGCAAUUUUUUACAGUAUUUCAAAACGAGAAAGAUAUCAAUGGUGCCUUUAUGUUCUGUUAUGUUGAGAGCGAGUUUUGUACAGUUACCGUGAUUGCUUUUUCCACAGUAUUUCGGCAAAACCUCCCAUACAUUCAGUUUCUGCUGGCUUCUUGUGCACUGCAUUAUGAUAUUGACUGGAUGUAUGGUUUGCAAGACUUGCAAACUGUCUCUCUGUUUGCGUACAGCCGCACCCAGUCAGUAUGUCUUGUAUUGGCACAUCCGUCCAACUCCGCUUCUCUUUUCUAUGAAGUUUUCUUUUGCUUUCUGCCUUUGAAAUGAGUUGUGUCUACUCUGCCAGCCAAAGGUUUGCUUCACUGGGCUCUGAGAUAACAGCAGAUCCAACAGCAUGCUACUAUUAAUUACAGCAGGAAACUGCAUUCAGUAACGUUAACUAUUAGGAAGAAAGUAAUAUUGUGAUUUUUAAAAACUAUAUUAUCAAUCAGAAGACAGCCUGCUCUCACUAAGAGGAGCUACCAUUUACUUUCUUUUGACAUAUGUGUCUUGACCGAAAGCAACAGUUUAGGGGAUGGCAUAAGAAUACAGUCAGUGUAAAUACAACACCUUGUAAGAGGACUCACUUUCACUUGCUGGGCGAGUUACACAGCAGCUCAUCUCGCUGAAGGUCAAACAAUGGCUGAAAAAGGUGCAAUCAUUCCUGACUUGUGUUUUUCACUGAUAUUGGACCUAGUGGUUAGUUGUGUCUUCUCUGCUUAUGAUCAGACCUGUUAAUGGCACAAAAACCCCAGCUUGAACAGCACACUCAGCAAUUUGUCUGAAAUAUUUCUAGAAUGAAAUGUGCCUGCUGUAUGUAGUGGUGACUUGUCAUCACAGGGAAAUAUUUCUGUCCUAGAGCAUCUAGAAGGAGUGAAUGUAUAGAAGGCACAGGUGGAGAGCAGCUGUAUGACUUGGUUGCAAUUUCAAACUAUUUUGUUGACUGCCCCUUACUCCUCAUUAUUUUUCUCUUGUCUUUCAAUGUUGCCUUGAUUAAGUCAUAACUAUGCAUGAACAUUUUGUCAGGAAUGGCCAGUGUGCAUGCGGCUAGUGAUUAGUAAGAAGCUUUCACGCUUGUCGCUCCAUCAGGAAAUGUCAAUAGUGUUGGAAAGAUUGCACCUUUCCUUGCAGAAGUGACCCCCAUGUGUGUCCUGACCUCUCAGUUUGCAGCCUUUGUCACCUGAUUCCCCCCUUUCUUACCUUUUGUUUUAUUGUCACAAAACAGGACUAAGAUGGGUCUCAAUUUUGUACAGUCUCUUGUCAUUUCAAAUCCAAAUCCAAGGCAGGCCUGCCUACAGGUGUUGAUAUUUGGAGUAACUGCUAAUUCAGGAAAAUAAGAGAGGUUUUUUUUUUUUUUAAUGAGGGACCCACUUCAUGCCUUGCCUCACCUCUAUCAAAUCAGGCUGGACCUUUAUGCAGAUUCCUGAUGGCCUCCUAGGAGCCAUUGGAUAAAAACAGGAAACAGGUUAGCCGGGGCUUCAAAAUACCAGGCAUGAAGUCAGUGAGAAUGACUGCUUCUUUUGCAGGUGGACUGAAUCUAUUUCUUCACCAAACCUCUAUGUUAAAAGGAAGGAGGUUCAUGCAAGUAGGUCUGAGAAAAAAUGCAGGCUGGGCAUGAGUCAUGUCAUGAAGCUUUUGUGUGUUCCUAUAAUUCAAAGAUGUGUCUGAAGGUCCAUGAAGUUACUCUUAGUAUUUGGUGUCCCACACUGCCCUUCAUUAUUUCAUACCACUUCCUCUGAGUUCAGAAGUGUCCUCAUUUGCUUUUUAACCUACACUGAGGAGCCCCUGUCAGGCUGCACAAUUUGCACUGAUUUACCAGUUCUACAGAAGUGAGGAAACUCCUGGCAGGAGGAAGAAGACAGUCGACCCAGAGGUUCUCUAAAUUAUUGUAAAAUUGCCUUUGAAGGCCUCGACUCAUUCUUAGACUAUUUCAGUAAAAAAAAUCCUGCCACUAAUUAAAAGCCUAAAAUUUCUCUUUCAAAUUCUUCAGCCAUUGGAGUAUUCCGUGUCCCAUUCUGGAGAAUUUCAGGAAUAAAUAAAACCUCCACUUGAGAGCAAUGAACAUUAUCCUCAGUAUGGAAAACUGCUGUAAAUUUUCAGGUUGCAAAUAUAUAUGUGAAAAUUUAGGGCACAUUUCCAAUUUGAUUCUGGUCACUCACAAAGUGGCAUAUUAGUGGGGACAACCUCUCCAUGGGUGGAACAUGAGCUUCUCUUGAUAAGAAAGGCCAGUUCACCCCUCAGGGCGACCUGCUGCAGCCACAAGAUUUGGGUUUGCAGGGACAUCUCUGUGAUGUUUAAUUGCCGCAUCACUCAACCCUCCCUGUUUAUACAGUCAGGCAGCACAGCAGCAUGACAGAGGAGGGGCAGGAACCUAUGUCUCCAGCAGAUAGAAAGCUUUCUUGGGUUUCCAGGUAUUGGAAAUGGCCCAGAAGUUUGACAGCACCUUUGUUUCCUGGGUCUGAGAUCAUAUCCCACUGAGGAAUAUGAAGGAGAGAACAGUAUAUGCAAAAAUCUUUCCUCAUUCACAAUUGCUCCUCUGUCCCAUUCUCCCUUCUUGCAUGGGAUAUCUUUUUUUUCAAGGGUGCCUGGACAGCCUCAUGCUUUCUACAAAACGGCCCUCCCUGGGAGUAUGUGAAUGAGGCCCCUAACCCCAGCUUACCAGACCUUCCUUGUUUAAGUGUGACUGUCUUGAUGCAGUAGAGUCCAUGCAGGGUAACUUGCUUAGUAACUAUGCCCCUUUUGGGUCUGGGAUUGAAAGGUGUAUCGCUCACAUUGGUGAAAAGAAGGAAGGCCUGGUUUUAUCUUUUCGUUCUAGCUCCAUUCCACCAGCCACAGAGAUUUCUAUCCACAAGACCAGUGAAACACUGCAGAGAGAUGCAGACGAAAGGAAGUGGCCACAUACCACAAGUUCUAUUACAUAUUCUUUUGUAAAUAUACACUGUACAUUAUUUGGGUGUUUUCCUAAAUCAUUUACUGUCUUUAUGAGUUAAUGUCAGUUUUUUUACUCCCUCAACUUACUGUGUAACAUUGUAAAUAACAUAAUGUCCUUUAUUAUUUAUAUUUAAGCAUCUAACAUAGAGUUGUUUUCAUAUAAGUUUAAGAUAAAUGUCAAAACUAUAUGGGGUUUUUUUGUUUGUUUUUCUUUGCUUUAAAAUUAUGUAUCGUUUCCUUUUUCUUUUUUUUAAGAAUAAUUUAUUGUUCGGGAGAAGGAAUGUCUAUGUAAUUGCAACUAUUUGAAGAAUGCACCUUUGAAGGCCGUGAGGUACUGAUAAACUAAAGAAUUUAUUAUCCAAAACACUAAGCAAUAAGUAAUUGUGAUUGAUUUAAAGUUUUGUUCAUUUUCCAUGAAAGACAUAUCACAAUAAAAAAUGCUACUCUGUGGAGAUCUUUGGAAGUGUUGCUCAGCAGACUAACGUGGCAGUCUGUUAGACCGGCACGAUAAUUGCCUUAAUUUAGGAAUGUGUUCGAUGGGCCCUGUGAUCGAUCGUCUUGUCUGUCCAUUGCUUUGCCCACAAUGCCUAUUUUUGGCUCAUCCUCUGCCCAUUGAUUCUUCUUACCCCUGGAUUCUUUGUUGACGGAGCUACAAUCAACCAAUAUGCUGUUUUCUCCCUCCUCCCACCAUACACAAAAACAUAUCAUAGAGGACAUUAUAGGACAUUAUUGCUUGAUCUGGUUAUUAAUACAUUCUACAGUGCCAGCUAGAAACUCCUUCAGACUAAUGUCAG